AUGACCACAACAAAGGUAAAACUCAUUGCAAUAAGCGGUUGUUCGUCCUCGGGAAAAACAACGCUUGCCAAGUUCCUUGCUAAUGCUAUACCGGGCUGCAUACUUAUACAUGAGGACGACUUCUAUAAACCGGAUUCUGAGAUUCCUAUUAACGAAAAAUACGGCGUAGCUGAUUGGGACUGUCCAGAAGCACUGGAUCUGGAUGCAUUCAAAAGAGAACUUGACCUAAUAAAAACUACUGGUUCCAUUAAGACGAAGUUGAUUCACAAUGAAAAUGUGGAUGAUAUUGGUAAAUUCAACAUUAAACAAGAAGAUUGGGAUGCCUUAAGAGCAAAACUCUCAUCGGUUAUUGAAUCUGACUUGAAAGUAGUGCUUGUCGAUGGUUUCAUGAUUUUCAAUGAUGAGGAAUUAAUGAGGAAGUUUGACAUUAGAAUAUUUGUGCGUGCACCAUACGAGGUUUUAAGCAGAAGACGUCACGCUAGAGCUGGUUACAAAACGUUAGAAUCUUUUUGGGUUGACCCUCCAUACUACUUCGAUGAAUUUGUAUACAGGGCUUACAGAGAGGAGCAUAAACACUUAUUUGUAAAUGAAGACGUCGAAGGUAGUUUAAGGUCCGAUGCAGGGUUAUUCGAACUAAUUAAUGACGACGAAACUGAAAUUACUACAGCAUUGAAUACAAUCGCCGAUUACAUCGUCUCUCAUUUAGACGCAAACUAG